CGGCUCGCGUUUCCGCCAACCAAUGCACGAGUCUCAUGAGCAGCCAGGUCGACAGUGACCCCUCCCUCUCACCAGCUCAUGCUCCGAGUUUGAAGCCGAUAUCGUGUUUCUGGCGUGGUUCUCGAUUUUCAUUGUUGGAACAAACAUCCCCCCAAAGUUCAUCCCUACAACAGCAGCAAGGAAGCAGCAUUACCGUUAGCAUUGAGGCUGCCCAACAUCAUGGCGUUCAAGGACUCCAAGCCAAGCUCGCACGGCUUGUCUGCGGACCAGAUCGACCAGUAUAGGCAAGCGUUCGAGAUGUUUGACAAGGAUAAAACUGGCGACAUCACUGCCGACGAGCUCGGCCAGGUCAUGAAGGAGCUCGGCCUGAACCCAAGCGAUCAGGAGCUGCAAGACCUCGUCGACGAAGCCGACCUCAACAAGGAUGGCGUCAUUUCGUUCGAGGAGUUCCUCACGCUCAUGUCCCAGUCCGUCCGCGAGGUGGACACGGAGCAGGAACUCCUCAACGCCUUCCGCGUCUUUGACAAGGACGGCAGCGGCACCAUCUCGAGCGACGAGCUGCGCAACGUGCUCAAGUCCCUCGGCGAGAACCUGACCGACCAGGAGCUGGACGAGAUGCUCCAGCUCGCCGACCGCAACGGCGAUGGUCAGAUUGACUACCAUGAGUUUGUUAGCAUCAUGAAAUGAGUUCUUGCCAAAUCCAGUGGCACGCGGGCGAAACAGCGAGAGGCAGAAAGAACCAGAGAUAGCAGCAGCGUUGCAGAAUUGCCCAUUUUGAGUUUUGUAUGUAUGGCUAAGCGACCAAACCGAAUUGGACUUUCCUUCACCGUACGCCCUGGCACAAUUUCAACAACAUGGUAGUU